AGAGAGCGGGAGGGAAAGAAACCACAAACGUGACACAGGCGAAAAACUCCUUGGUGAAAGCCAUAAUUCACCAGGGUGGAGGGAGGUGCACGCGAUUCCUUUACACCGGGAUGAUGAAUGUCUUCAAUAAGGUGGGGGUAGCUUCUACUCAGGCAACAAUGUUGCUGAAUUUGUGACGACUUCAUCGAAGGAUGAAGUAGAAUGGAAAGUGUUGCUUCGAAACGGUUCAAUUGGUUUUCUAUGAGGAAGUAGUUGUCAAGGAUGGGUCGUUUUUUCAAAUUUUCGGUAUGCUCAGAAUGGUAUAAAAUGUCAUAUUGGUGAGCCAAAUGGCCAUAGAACAUCAACAGCUCUAGCAAGGAAUAGAUUGGAGACGAUCCAAACUGUAACCAACCGUGAAACAACAAUGAAGUUCUUUAUCGCCCUGUUCGUCGCCACCCUUGCCGUUGCCGCCCAGGCAGGAUACGUCCAAAGCAGCUGGCCAGCUAGCACUUACGGACUCAACUCUUGGAACGGUCUGAAUGCCUGGAAUGGCCUCAACACCUGGGACGGUCUGAGCUCGUGGAACAACUGGAACGAUCAUGGAAUCUCUGCCUACCCGUACGGAUACAACAAGUGGUCCUCGGCGGCUUGGCCAGCGGCUUCUCUGUACAAUGGUUACAACGGCUACAACGGAUGGUACGGAGCCACCGGUAAGACCGUUGUCCAGGCCAACGUUGCCAAGAUCAACCCGUGGGGACUUCCGCUGACCUCGUACGGCUACGGAUACAACAACUACCUGGGAGCGGUUCCAGCGGCCAAGUAUGUCGCCGCCAACCCCGGAUCGGUCCAUGUUGCUCCACUGGUCGGACAUGCCAUCAACCAGAAGCUGAUUGUUGCUUGAAAUGUUGAUACUUGAAAGUAAACACCGUGAAAGCUA